AUGGUCUACUACUUCACGUCAAACGUCGUCUCCCCCGCGGCGUUCAUCUACGUUGGAAAAGACAAAUUCGAGAGGUGCUUCCACGUCGACAACCUCUCCAGUGCACACGUCUACCUCCGCCUCCGCGAAGGCGAAACAUGGGACAACAUCCCCGCGCCGCUGAUCGAGGACUGUGCGCAGCUCACCAAGGCGAAUUCGAUUGAAGGAAACAAAAAAGACAACAUCACCAUCAUCUACACCCCCUGGGACAACCUGAAGAAGGACGGGUCCAUGGCCACCGGGCAGGUGUCGUUCCACAACCCGCGGCUGGUCAAGAAGGUGCUCGUGGCGCAGCGCGAGAACCCCAUCGUCAACCGGCUGAACAAGACGCGCGUGGAGAAGUUCCCCGACCUGAAGGCCGAGAAGGAGGAGUACCUCGCGGCGAAGCGGAGGGAGGAGCGGAAAACGAGGGAGGAGCAGCGCGCGCGCGAGAAGCAGGAGAAACGCGAGAGGGAGCAGCUCAAAUGGCAGAAGAGUCAUGCGUAUGACGAUCUGUUCAGCGAAGAGAAUAUGCAGGCCAGCAGCAAUCAGGACCGAGAUCCGGAUUUUCUGGAUGAUUUUAUGUGA